AUGUCGGCCCUCAGCGAAUCCCCGGCCCAAGACGGGGCUCCUCCGUCGAUCGACACUCAUCAACUUCAGCAACAAAAUGGUGACUCUCAACAAAAUCUCGCUACAACUCCCUCAAAUGAGUCUGGCCGAAAACCUAAAGCGCCGUCCGUAAGGCGGGCCUGCCUUGCAUGCCAUCAAGGCAAGACAAGAUGUAGCGAGGUGCUACCCUGUCAGAGCUGUUUAAAGCGUGGGCUAGGUGCCACCUGCGCUUACCCCGACCCCGAUCAUCAGGAUCAGCACCAAGUAUAUAUGGAUCGCAAAUAUGUAGCGCCUCCCGUACCCGCUCCAUUCGCCCCCAUGGGCUAUCCUAUGCAGCCACCUAAUUUCGCCCAGCAACAAUACUAUGACUAUAAUGGCGCACUCACAGGUGCCUCGACUUCCACCUUCCGGCCCAAUAAACGUCCUCGCCCGUUGACAGAAGAGGAGGCUGCGGCUAUCACAAGAAACUUCAGUAGGGGGGAUUUCUACGUUGGCAACAGUGCUCCGGUACGCAUUGAUCCCCGCCUGCCAGUGAGACUGACGCUGGGCGAGGGAGACCAUGUACAUUUCACAGUCGGGGAGUCGAUGAUCUAUAACACUACGAGUGUGUGA